GGAUUUCCUUCCCCGUGGCUCUGGAAUCGUCACGCGUCGGCCUCUCAUCCUGCAGCUCAUCUUCUCCAAGACAGAAUAUGCCGAGUUCUUGCACUGCAAAUCCAAGAAGUUCACGGACUUCGACGAGGUGCGGCAGGAGAUCGAAGCGGAAACUGACCGUGUCACAGGCACCAACAAGGGCAUCUCCCCCAUCCCCAUCAACCUCCGCGUCUACUCCCCGCACGUGCUGAACCUGACGCUGAUCGAUCUCCCGGGGAUCACCAAGGUGCCGGUGGGGGAUCAGCCGCAGGACAUCGAGUUCCAGAUCAAGGACAUGAUCCUGCAGUUCAUCAGUCGGGAGAGCAGCCUCAUCCUGGCUGUCACGCCGGCCAACAUGGACCUGGCCAACUCCGACGCGCUCAAGAUGGCCAAGGAAGUUGAUCCUCAGGGCCUGCGGACGAUCGGAGUCAUCACCAAGCUGGACCUGAUGGAUGAAGGCACUGACGCGCGGGAUGUGCUGGAGAAUAAGCUGCUGCCCUUGCGGAGAGGGUACAUCGGGGUGGUAAACCGCAGCCAGAAGGACAUCGAUGGGAAGAAGGACAUCCGAGCCGCGCUGGCGGCCGAGCGGAAGUUCUUCCUGUCACACCCGGCGUAUCGGCACAUGGCUGACCGCAUGGGCACCCCUCACCUCCAGAAAGUCCUCAACCAGCAACUGACCAACCACAUCCGGGAGACACUGCCCUCGCUGCGGAGCAAGCUCCAGAGCCAGCUGCUUUCCCUGGAAAAGGAGGUGGAGGAGUACAAGAACUUCCGCCCUGAUGAUCCCACAAGGAAAACCAAAGCUUUGCUGCAGAUGGUCCAGCAGUUCGGUGUGGACUUCGAGAAGCGAAUCGAAGGUUCAGGAGACCAGGUGGACACACUGGAGCUCUCUGGGGGGGCCAGGAUUAACAGGAUUUUCCAUGAGAGAUUCCCUUUUGAGCUCGUGAAGAUGGAAUUUGACGAGAAGGAUUUGAGGCGAGAGAUCAGCUACGCCAUCAAGAACAUCCAUGGGGUGAGAACGGGGCUGUUCACACCAGACCUGGCGUUCGAGGCCAUCGUCAAGAAGCAGGUGGUGAAGCUGAAGGAACCUUGUCUGAAGUGUGUGGACCUUGUGAUUCAGGAGCUCAUCAACACCGUGCGCCAGUGCACCAGUAAGCUCGGUUCCUACCCCAGGUUACGGGAGGAGACGGAGCGAAUUGUCACCACACACAUCCGGGAGAGGGAGGGAAAAACCAAGGACCAGAUCCUGCUGCUGAUUGACAUCGAACUCUCCUACAUCAACACCAACCACGAAGACUUCAUCGGAUUUGCCAAUGCGCAGCAGAGGAACACACAGACCAACAAGAAGAGAGUGAUCCCAAACCAGGGGGAGAUCCUGGUGAUCCGCAGGGGGUGGCUAACCAUCAACAACAUCAGCAUCAUGAAGGGCGGAUCCAAGGAAUACUGGUUUGUGCUUACGGCCGAGUCGCUCUCUUGGUACAAGGAUGAGGAG